AUGACGAUAGUUUGUUUUAUUGUCGAUAAUAGUGCUUCAAUGAACCAAAGGACCUAUCAGGGUACGACCUUGUUAGAUUCGGCGAAAACAGUUGUUGAAACCUUAUUUAAAGCGCGUGUGAAUAAAUGUCGCACGGAUCGGUACUUUUUGUUUACGCUCAACGAGUAUCCACACAACUUUCGGGUUUGUUUCGCCUUUGUGGUUUAUUCGCGUUGCUUUCAGUUGACGGGAUGGAGGCAAAGCUGUGACUUAGCAACUUUUCAUGCUGCUCUCAGCAGAAUUAAUCCAAAUGGUACACUAAGUCUCGGCAAGGGCAUCGCGUAUGCAUUCAAGUUGCUCAACCUCAAUCGAAUGCAAACUGGAUUUGAGACUUACGGUUUGAUUGCCUCUAAAGUUCCAGGCGGUGAUUUAACCGCCGGCUCUCACAGGUGGGACUAUUGGCUUCAUGGGAUCCUCUUGCAUAAUUCUGGUUUGAUUGAAACCUUGUAUGACACGCCUCGCCCUCACCCGUUGGGUCCCUCGGCAUCUGCUUUUAUAUCCUGCACUCAAACUGGUGGGGAGGUGUUUGUCCUGUCAGAUCUUCGGGCGAUUCCUCAAUAUGUUGAAGCUGUUAACUCUAAGUGCCAUCAAGGUGUUGUGAUCGAUCUCAUUGACAUAUCUGGUAAUACUAUUCGUCUUGUUCCAACUGAACCGAUUGCAAUUAAGCAACUUGUUUUAUUGAGGGAGAAUGUAAAGCUCCCCUCUUUUUGGCCCAUUCCGGAGAGUUUCUUUCCUACUGAAGAGCUUUUAACAGCAAAAUUGCCUUCUCGUCCUUCAAAUCCUGUUAUUCAUACGUAUUUAUCGAGAGAGGUUCCUCCCAAGUUUAUGGACUCCUUCCCUAUUGAUAGAUACGAGUUAGAAUCCUCAAGGUUUACUCGCAAAGUUAUUGAUUGCCGUGACACUUCUGUGAUUUGGCCGUGUAUUGUGCCGAAGAGUGGUCAGCAUAAUGAUGCUCCCUUCGGGUACUGCAAACUGUCUCCAGACUUUCAGACUGUUCAUUUACAUGUUCUUCCUUACAACUAUCGCGAGUUAGCGGAACUUUUAUGUGAAUUGUAUGAUGUCAAUGGGUUGCGCAUGACAGAGGCGUGGAUCUCCAAAUUGACCAACUAUCUUACUAAUAUACCUCGAUAUUACUAUGUGCCUAUAUCCAAGGCUUUUGAGCGAUUGGGCUUCCAGGGAGUAAUUAAGCCAGAGGUUUUAAGUCGGACUUUUUCAUUUCAAUUUAAAAAUGGCUUGCAGAGACAUCAGCAUUGUGCACAGGCCGAGUAUGAAGAACUCGUCCGUAAUGUGUCAGAAGCUGAACCCGUUCCAAUUGUCAGGGUGUCAAAGGUUCUAUUACCAACAUUGCUGGAAAAAUUCUCAGAAUUGAGAGCAUUCGGCACUGUAGCUAAGCCUUCUGGAAGAAUGCUGUAUGAAAAUCCGUGCAGCAUUUCACGACGGAAGCUUAGGAAAGUUUUGCCCAAACUCAGGGACAACCUGGAAUCUAUACUUGACGGAGUUGGUCGCCCGAUGGAUAGUGAGGGUAUCCAUAAUCAAGCUCUCAGUGAAAUGGGGGAUUACGUAAAUUACAGAUACGGUCAACCACAAGUUGCCCCAUUACGUGAAUUAAUGCCAAGUCCUGAACGCGUUGACACCUUUGGGAAUCCCUUCCGUCGCAAAUCUAAUGCUGGAUUUGUUGUCGACGAGGUCUCCGCCGAUGAUGUGGGGUUUUCGGGUCCUUCAUCAUCUGGUUCUUCAUCACUUACAAUGAGAAAACGCUCGUCAAUUAAAACUAGUGAAAAAGCCAGGGCCCCCAUUCUCAAUGGUGAAACGAAUCAUACGUCGUCGAAUGGUGGUUCUCCAACAAACGAUAUGGAAGGGAGCGGACACACUGAGAAACAUUCUUCUGAAGAUGAAUUAACAUUCAAUGUUAACAAAACUCUCGUUGAUGAGCUUAUUGAAAUAGUGCGCAGUCCAAAGAUAGACGGUGGUCAUGUAUUCAAUAUCCUCACGAGGUUUGUUGGAAGCUUGCAACAGAAGUACGAUUCAGUGUCGUUUAUAAUGGCAGAAGCAUUGCGGUUCAAGCGGAUAGAUUUGUACAAUUUGCUCAACGAAUGGCGUUCUUACCUGGCACCACUUAAGAAGCCAGCAGUGGCUCCCAGUAACGGCUUGCGCUUUGAGUGCCCCUCGCAUCUUCUGAACGGAUCAGAUUGA